AUGAAUCGCUCAACUGGAAAAUUUCGAUUCACUCUACAAGCUGAUGGAAAUCUUGUGCUUUACACCCUAACUUUCCCGUUAGAUUUGGAUAAUUCUUCCUAUUGGUCUGCACAAACUGAAGGCAAUGGCUUUCAGUUAAUCUUCAACCAGUCUGGAAACAUUUACCUUGCAGCAAAAAAUGGAAUCAUACUAAAAAUGCUUUCAUCAGAAUCUCCAACAACUCAAGAAUUUUACCACAUUGCAUUUCUUGAAUACGAUGGAGUUUUCAGACAUUAUGUCUACCCUAAGAGAUCCAGUUCUAAUUUCUCUGGUGGCCUCCUAAAUGAAGAUUCCGGUAGUGGAGCUUGCCGAUUCAACAGCUACUGCAGUCUUGGAAAUGACCAGAGACCAAAUUGCAAGCGUCCACCAGGGUAUAACUUCUUAGAUCCGAAUGAUGUGAUGAAGGGAUGA